CGCGUCACUGGUCGGAAAGGGGAGGCGGGACUCGGACGCGGAGCUGGGGCCUCGGCUGAGCGAGGCCUGGAGACACUCGAGCGGAGCCUGUGCUCCUCCUCCCCCUGCGUUUUUCUGAGGGCCUGCCUUGGCCCCGCGCGUGUCCAUGGAAGGCGGAAACGGCUGCGGGGACCGUCUCCUUGCGAAGGGGUGUAGUCCUCGCCGCCAUGUCCGGGGGCUUCGAGCUGCAGCCGCAGGACGGCGGCCCCCGGGUGGCCCUGGCCCCCGGGGAGACGGUGAUCGGCCGCGGGCCGCUGCUGGGAAUAACAGACAAGAGAGUGUCCAGAAGACAUGCCAUUCUUGAGGUGGUCGGUGGUCAGCUUCGAAUCAAACCGAUACACGCAAAUCCAUGUUUUUAUCAGUCUUCCGAGAAGAGCCAGCUCUUACCAUUGAAGAGAAAUCUAUGGUGCUGGUUGAAUCCUGGAGACAGUUUUUCUUUGCUAGUCGACAAAUACAUAUUCUGUGUUUUCUCUACACACUCUGAAACAGAAAUGGAAUGUACUUUAAGAAAUAGUCAGAUGCUUGAUGAAGAUAAUAUACUGAAUGAAACACCAAAAUCUUUCUCAGUUCACUCGCCUGAUGAGACAACUCGUGCCCCACAACUGGAAAGAAGCACAGAAAUAGCUAAGACCCAAACUACUUCUGCAAAUAGUGAGUGUUUCCUAGGUGAAUGUAGAGACCUCAGUAAGCAACAGUCAAACCCUGCACAGAGGAGAAGAAUCCUUCCAGCAUGGAUGUUAACAGAAAAUCUCAGUGAUCAAAAACUUUCAGCACCAGUCAGCAGCGGGGGUAGGUUUUGUUUUGAAAACAUUAAGCAGAAUUUGGAAGUUUUUCUGAAGAAAUGGAGACAGACUAGUGGUUGUGCAAUGCCAAAGUCAUGUUCUGCAAUCUCGUUAAGUAAUGUAGAGGUGAAUGAUAUGAAGGCUAGUAUACAGAGAAAUGAAAUCCCAAUAGAGGAACUUGGUAAGGUUCCUGAACAUAAAAGUAUUGUGAAAGGAACACAAAGUAAAGAAGGUGAGGAGAUGAGCUGUUCUGAGAGUCACUUGAGUGCCCAGGACAAGUCCUUUCAUGAGGAGUCUCAAGGAUCUCCUCCUGAGUCCAGCUCUGAUCUCUCCAAUCUUGAAACUUUGCAUGCAAAGGCAACUGACUCAGUUGCACAAGGUUCUGAAGAAAACAAGAUCAAGAGGACAUCUUGCAUGUAUGGGGCAAGCUGCUACAGGAAGAAUCCUGUUCAUUUUCAACACUUCAGUCACCCUGGUGAUAGUGAUUAUGGAGGUGUACAAGUCAUGUGUCAAGAUGAGGCUGAUGACCGACCUGAAUGUCCCUAUGGAGCAUCUUGUUAUAGGAAGAAUCCCCAGCACAAGAUAGAAUACAAACAUAGUGCACUUCCAGGUAAGUAAUUUUACUUCAGGAAA